UCGAAUACGUUGUGGUUAAUCUUUAAAGUGCCACCAGACUCCUUGUUUUUGCUGAAACAGACUAGCCUGGCUACCCCUCUGAAACCUACGUUUACUUGCUGUGUAAUGCAGUCCACUGUGAGGGGCUGAAGGUAGAGGUCUUCCAGUUCCUCAGUUGGAAUGAAGCUUUGCAGAGCUUCUUUUUUCAGUUGAGAACUAAUUGUUUGGGGGGAGGGGGCUGUAGUGAAGCAUCAGGGUGCAUAUCUAAUACAUAGGGUCAGUACUGUCUCUGUGCGUCAUUUGUGCUGGUCUCCUGGACAGAGGAGAAUUUCACUCUUGGUAGGUUAUAAAUUCCCCUCCUAGUGCCUUGAGGCAAAAGGGUGUAAAUUUCACCCAUCAUGUGUGAGCAUGUCUCCCUCUAGUGGCUGCUGCCCAUAGAAAGUAACAACUUACUAAUUACAGCUAAGACUUUAGCUAAGCUAACGUUUAGCUCAGCUGGGAGGGGCCUGAUCAUUUGAUACGGAAAUCCUUGUGUGCCACAGACUCCAGAGUAUUUGCUGAAUCCAUGGUUCAGCUGGAUUUGCAAAGGCAGCACUGAUAGGGUGUGAUGGGGCUGGUAAUACAGAGGAAAAUUCACAGGCGUUGAAAUAGCAAAGUAGCUACUUCUGAAGGGCAGCUGGUCUCUGUAAUUCUUGCUUCUGUCUCUUAGGUAUGACACAGGGAAAGAUGGCUUCAUUGAUCUCAUGGAAUUGAAGCUAAUGAUGGAAAAACUUGAAGCACCACAAACGCACCUCGGGCUGAAAAAUAUGAUCAAAGAAGUAGACGAAGAUUUUGACGGAAAACUUAGCUUCCGGGAGUUUCUCCUGAUUUUCCGCAAAGCCGCGGCAGGCGAAUUGCAGGAAGACAGCGGGCUUCACGCCUUGGCGCGACUCUCAGAGAUUGACGUCUCCACGGAGGGCGUGAAAGGAGCCAAAAGCUUUUUUGAAGCCAAAGUGCAAGCUAUGAGGAGAUCAAAGCCGAGCAGGAAGAGAAGAAAAAGCAGGCAGAGGAGAUGAAACAGAGGAAAGCCGCCUUUAAAGAGCUGCAGUCCAACUUCAAGCAAUGAGCCGAGGUUGAAAGGGCAACGCUGGAAAGGCCCUGGAGGCGCUGAGCAAACUGCAGUCUGGGAAGCAUCCCGAGUGACUUGUGUAAGUGAUGGUUGAAUGGACCCAUCCCUAAAGAACCUUUUUGUCUGUGAAUCCAGAGUCCUUGGGCCGCCUUCAGGCACAAGCAGCUCACGCUUUUGUGGAUCGUCCUGUUUUCUUGCACUGUCCGUGUUGCCAGUGAAGACGUGGCGAGCCGUUUUCCCACCGUCCCUUUGGUCUGUUCGCUGUUCCGUGGUGGCGUGUGUCUGCGACUUGGGGGGAGGGGGACCUCUGCUUUUAAAAAAAACCCAAACCUUUCCGUGUGCUCUGAACUCGCGUGUGUUCUCUUGCUGUGGACCAUUGUGUCAUCCAAACCCUAGGAUAAGCACUGUGGCUUUGCCCCCGGCACUGAAUGUACCGGACUCUGGAUGAGUAGUUCCUGCUUAUGCAGAAAUGCCUCCCGCCGCCAUUCGUGUGCUCUGUCUUCUGGAAACGUCCUAUGCUUAAUGCUUUAAAUCACUCCCUUUAAUGCAGGGGUGGGCAAUAAUUUUUGCAGGGGAGCCACUUCACAAAUUUUGGUACGUGAUUGUGGGCUGGUUCUGGGCCUUCCCAGAAGGGCAGGGGGCCUCGGGUGGGUCUGGGGCUACAGACACAGAGAGAGAGAGAGAGAGAAAGAGAGAGAGAGAGAGAGACUGACUUUGUGGCAUAGAUUGUGUGUGUGUGGCGCAGAGACUGGGAGAGCAUGUGUGACUGUGCACAUGACACUGUGUGUGUGCGACAGUGACACAGAGAAGGUGUGCGCUGCCUAAGUUUGAGAGAAGCCAUGCUCUGUCUCUUGAAGGGAAAUUUGUCCUGCUCUGUUGUCUCCCCACCCCCACGCUCCUCUGAGUUCCAGGCUUCAGACUGGAGCUGCUUUGCUGGCUGUCUCUCCCUCUCCGCCCCCUGCUCUGCAGAGAAGGGGUACAGGGGCAGGAGGACACCCUGACUUGAGCACUCCCCUCUCCUCUGCACAGCUGCAGGAUGGAGCAAGGAGGGGGAGGGGAAGUGUGCAAACUCUGCUAAUCAGCUGGGUCGGCCAGAGCAAAAUGCUUGGAGAGUCGGAGCCAGCCCCUGAGCUCGAGUUUGCCCACCCCUGCUUUAAGGCCCUGUAGCUGAAACCCUUGCAAAAAUAAUAUGUGGCAAAGCCCUCGUUGGCCAGGAGGUGGGAGUGCUGAGUUCUAAUCCUGCCUCUGACACUGUUUCCCCAUGUGGCCAUGGAGGAGUUGCUUUAAGCUGCUUUUUUGUCCAUACAAUGAGGACAAGGCCAGCUCCUCUCACCACAGGUAGGGACAAAAAGAUGCAUUUUAGGCAAGGCCUGCCUCUCUGCAAGAGGCUGGGUCAAUGUUAUAGGCGCUAAGGACUUAAUGUUACAGUCUGGGCAGUUCCCCAAAUUGCUUUUGGAGUGAGAGUUAUAUACCCAGAGCACCUCCAGGAGCGGCUUGGCGUGUUGCAGACUUGAGACCUGCACUUUGUUACGAAGCUCUGUCUUUCUCUGCAUUCCCUCUUGAUAAGCCUGCAGCAUUGAGGUAAUAGGGGAAAGGACACAGCCUUGUCCUGGGAGAUGCAGCUAAUGCUGGCUCAAUCCUGUAUUUGUAACCUCAGUGGAUCCAUAGAUGCUGUUCCCAGUGCCGAACUGUGACAACAAAGAGCCAUGGUGGGAGAACGAACACAGGGGAUGUCUUAGUGGCAGGCCUAAAAAUUUUGAUCCUCUACAAAAAAUACAGGGAAAUGCACAGGCGUGUUGGGGAAACUUACUGAAUACAGCUAUGGCUCUUUGACAACCAAUAAACAUUCAGGCUGGAAAAACACCUCUCUGAAAAGUGCUUUUAUAUGUCUUUUGCAUGCACUGUGAUUUAUUUUUUUAAAGAGAUGAACUUGUUGUUACAAGCUGGAAUGGACUGAACAAAAAGAUGCAUGUAGCUAUGUAUCUAACUGCAUUUACGACAAGUUCAACUGGAAUACAGAGAAACGUCCAUGGCACAAUGUGGGUGUUUGUAAUGAAAACCAAUAGAAUUGUUUUAUACCUGUCUGUAAGCAUGUAACUUAAUGUUGUCAUUCAGAUGAGGAAGUGAAAUGUGAUAACAGAAGACUUGACAUUUAAGUGUUGAUGUUUACUGCAAAAAAAAAAAAGGUUUAAAAAUUCAUGCCACUGAUAUGCAAAAUUCAGAAUUUUCAUAUUCAUCAUGAAAAAUUAAUUGCUAGAUUGCUUUUUGACUAACCCCUUUAUUUUGGUAAAAGAUAUAAGAAA